GGUGUCUUUCCCCUUGUGAGCUUUGCGGUAGAAGUGUUUGGCGUAGUCGGAGUAAAGGACUGGCUUGUAAAUUGGGGUCUCCCCGGCAGCGAGGAGUUCGGGGAGCGGCCCCACAACGUCGGUAGGCCGGGGGUUGAAGAAAACGGGGACGGAGAUCCUGUCAUUGCUUUCGUUGGCCAUGACGCGAUGCUCGAUGCUCUUGUAGCGUCCGUUGCUCAUGAUUUGGAGGGCGUCCCCGAUGUUGAUGACGAGGGCGCCCUUGACGGGCGGGACGUGGGACCAAGCGUCGUUUUCGAGCUUGCGCACGUAGAGCCCACCGAUGUCAUCCUGAAGGAGGAGGGUGAGGGUGGAGAUGUCAGAGUGGCGGCCAACUCCGACCGUGAGGUCGGGGUUGGGGCACUUGGGGUAGUAGUUGAUGUUGAUCCGACGGGAGCCCAUGAGGAGAGAAGUUGUGGCGUCGUCGAUUUCAUUGACAUUGAUUAGGCCGCGCAUGAGUGCUUCCAAUAGCUUCUUGCUCACUAGUUCACAACUCUUGAGGACUGAAACUCUAGGCAAAGAAUACGUUCCGUUUCAAAAAAUUUAUGGAAAUUCUUUGAAAACUCUCUAAACAAUUGUUUUUCAAGUAAAAGAUGAUGUUUCUCGUUUCGCGUUUCCCCAUGAUUUUCACGUUUCCAUGCAACAUAAUUUAUUUGUGUUCAAAAUAUUAAGUCUCAAAAUUCUAAUUGAUCCAUGUAAUUAAAACAAGGAGAGUACCUAGAAUUUGCCAUUUCUUAAACAUUAAUACCACAUUGUCCUACAAAAGAUAACAUUAUACAUUUAUACUACGUAUUAAACACACACCUGCAUGAAGGAGGCCAGUACAAAGCAGCCUCAUCCUGAGAAACAUAGAACAUACUGAGGUGGUCUUUCCACUCCAAAGCCUCUUCUAUCUGGGGAAGAAAGCUGGUGCUGUACCUCACAUUGCUGGUGGGAGAGUUGUCCUUAGAGUACUUCUUCUUCUCCUCCGCGGGCUCCCGGAAGAAGCGGUGAGUCGCCGCCUUGGCCUUCUCCAGCACCUCCAGAGGAAUGCCGUGGUUCACAAUCUGGAAGAAACCCCUCUUCUCGGCUGCAUCGCAGAUGAGGCGGGCCACGGCCUCGGGGUCCUCCCAGUUGGCAACGUCUAUCACGGGGAUGCCAUCGUCAGCAAUGACUUCCAUGCUGGAGAGGCGCUCCACCGGCGGGUGAACAUAUUGGGCGGGGACAGUCGGGAGCCCAAGUUCGGAAAGCCCUUUCACUCCGUGGCCUUGUUUCACCACGAAAUCGUUGAUGUCGGACAAAGCCGCGGCUACUGGGGUCGUCGGUACAGAAGGCAUUUUCCCUCGCUAAUUAAUGAUUUUGUGUUUGAAACAAAAAACAAUUAAUUAAGCAGUGGCUAAUUACUGAGCUGAUCUUGUGAACUUAGGAAGAAAAUACAGAUAAUUGGGAUGACAGAUUGAUAGCGAAGCUAAGAAAAAACUCUAUAUUUAUAUAUACCCG